AUGUUCCAAAGUCGGAUCGCAGCAGCAGCGAGUCGCACCCUUAGCGUACGACAAACACACUCCCCUCUUCGACGUCCGCUGGUCGCUUUCCGCCAAUUCUCUGGCUCUGCAUCUGUGCUUCAGAGCCUCCCGGUGCGAAUCCAUGGUCGAGGCACCGGCACGCAGCAAACUAUCGAGGUUGAGGGCAAACCAUACAAGAUCCUGACCGACACCUAUCAAGUUCUGGGAGGAAACGAUUCGUCGCCGUCACCCGUGUCCUACUCAUUGGCCAGUCUAGGCUCCUGUACCCAGGUGACUGGAUCCGUGGUUGCUAAGGACCACAAGAUCAAGGUUGGGCAAUGGGACGUUGCGGUCGAGGGCAUCCUCCCCACCGCGGUGUUGGUCAACGGCGAACAGGGCAACCCGAACUGGGAGAAGGUCGUGUUGACAGUCAAAGUCCAAACCGACAUCAAAGGCGGCAAUGAUGAUCCAAAGUUCAGGCAUUUUGUCGCCGAGUCCGAGCGCCGAUGCCCGAUCACGCAGCUCUUCGUUCGCAGUGGAGUUGCGUUCAGCAGUCAGUGGACCAAUGAGUCACUCUGA